UUGGGAGAGGCCUAUUAUCGAGGUACUCUCGGCCUAAAGAGAUCGGCGAAGAAGGCGUUCAAGAUUUACAAGCGCGGUGAGGAGCUCGGGAAUAUGAAGGCGAUGGACAAGCUCGCUUGGAUGUAUGAAAAGGGGGACGGUGUCAAAUCUGACAAGAGCAAGGCCAUGCAGCUGUUUCGUACUGCGGCUGAUGGUGGAUUUCCUCAUGCGCAACACAACUUCGCCGUCAAACUUGAAAUAUCUGGGAAUUUUACGGAGGCUGGACGCUACUACAAGCUUGCCGCAGAGCAAGGUUCUGCGCCGGCCGAGUACAUGAUGGGCAUUUAUUGCUGGCUAGGACGUGGCAUGGAUAUCGACCUGGAAGAAGCCAAACGCUGGUUGAAGAGCGCGGCCGCCAGGGGG